AUGACGGGACUCACUGAGGAUGAGAUCCGCGCCUCUCCGUUGUGGCAGCACAUGAAGAAGGUCCUCCUGCACGUUGUGCAGCAGCAGCCGAGCCGGGCGCUGGAUGCGAUCGUCCCCGCCUCCUUCACCGUUCAGACCGGCGGGGCCGUCCCCCCGCGCGCCGCCCCCGCCUACGCGGACCACCACCCGAAAGUCGUCCAGACCGUCCCGCCGGAUGCUUUGGAGAACUUGCGGUGGGCGUCGAGUUUCGCGUCGGCCCUCGCCCCCCCGCGGCCCCGGCGGCCGGCCCUCGACGCGGAGGAGGGCGACGCCCCGCCGCCCGAAGAGGCGGAGGAGUUGGACGCCCCGCCGGGUGAAGUGGGCGACGUCGUGGCGGAGCAGGCCGUCUUCAACGCCGUCGGCGAGGGACUGCAGCCGGAGGAGGCGUUCCGCGUCGUGGUGGGAAUGAAGCAACUCGUACGGGGGGAACCACUCGCGAGUGUGCGCUUCUGGGGAAAGUUCAUCGGCAGCCGCGCAGACUACUACGUCGUGGAGGCAAAGAUAGAUCCGGACCGUCUGCCAGAGGAGGAUGAGGACGCCGCAGGGGACAACGACGAUGAAGACGAAGAUGAAGACGCCGCUCCCAUUGAGAACGUCGCUAACGUUUUGUAUGAUCAUGGCGCUAAGGCACACGCUGAUACUGGAGUAGAGCCUGCUGGAACUGGUCUUAAUGAGUGGGUCUACUAUGCCGCAGUAACAUCCGAUCCUACCCGAUGGACACGAUUACCAGAUGUAACACCAAAUCAAAUCAUCGCCGCCCGUCUUAUUCGACGUGGUUUUACAGGGGAUUUGGAAAGUUCCGUUGACACGCACCCACGUUUCCCAGGAAAAGAGAUGAAUUAUUUACGAGCACAAAUUGCUCGUAUCAGUUGCACCUGUCGUGUGGCACCGCGUGAUAUGUACACAACAGAAGGAGCUGUACCAGAAGAAGAAGACGAAGAUGGAAAUCUACUUCCUCCACCCCUUACUGUACCAGCCUAUACCACCUUACCACCACUUAAUCCACAAGAAGUACCAGAUGAAGAAGAUACAGAGGCUAUUGAACCGGUAAAAUCUUGGUUCUAUGGAUACCGCGAUGAUGAAUUACUUCAAGGAAAAUAUUGGGUACACAUUGCACCAACGCUUCUGCGGACUGGACGAACAGUCGCCUCGGAAUCUGAUGCUUCACAGGAUGAAGGCGAAGGUGGUAUCUCAGAAUUUGAUCAAACUGAAAAGAUUAAUCCAUUCCUUUGCGAGGUCAGUCGAGAUGAACCCUUGAGAUUUACCUGUCACAGUCGUAGUCAACUUCCUGCAUGGAGUUUUCGUAAAGCAUUCCAUGAUGAGAGCAGUAAGACACGAACAUAUGUUGCUCGUUCAGGACUAUGGCCUGGUGCUUUCACGUAUGCAGUAACAGUCUUGGGCCAACCGGGAAGUCGCUACCAGAGUGUGUAUAUUGGUACAGGACUAAAGAAUUUACAGGGUGUCUGCUAUGCACCAAAACUCCCACCUCGUUGUCUUGUUGAAUAUCCUGAGACUGGUUUAUUGCUACAACGAGAUGGAACAGUGGAUGACGAAUUGGAGUACGCACCCCCACCGCCAAAGCCGGAAGGUCUUAAUGAUGAGGAAGAAGAGGAGGAAGAUUAG